AUGUUGAUCAUGAAGCUCCACAUCCUCACCAUCGCAGUGCUCGCGACACUGGCUUCGACACACGUCCUCCCUCCCACCGAUAUCUCACUCACGAACCUCACCUACUCUGCCUCCCUCAAAGACACACUCAUACACCAUGCCGCCGAGACAUCUGAUCCCUCCACCGUCCACACCACCGCCGACCCCCCACCCCCCAACGCCAAAUACGACAAAGCCGUCUCCACGGGCCAAACCCUCGACUCCGCCAUGAAAUCCAAAGACAACAUCGCACGCUGGCUCUUCAAAGACUUCCCCCAGUACGCCGAAACAUGCCAGUCCCCGUUCACCGGCGACGGGCGUGCCGACCUCGCGAAGUGGGGUUUCGAUGACAGUGACGCUCUGAGCGAGAAGAUAAAGAACGAGUGCGACUUCGAUGCGUAUCAUAAGAUCAAAGCGGCGUUUGACGAGAUCGGAAUGGAUACCAGGGCGGCGAAGGAUGGGGGGCCGAAUCGGUGUUUCAAGGUUAAUCAUAGGGAUGGGCCGGCGAUUAAGAGGGAUGAGAAGGGGGAGUUGCCGAAUGAGGCGAAGCAGUAUUAUGAUGUUUGCGGGAGGGAAUACAGAGCCACAGGCGCAUCCUACGAAUUCGCCGCCAACCCCUCCGGCCUCCUCGCUCUCAUGAACAUCAUGUCCAUGACCUACUCCGCAAAAACAUACACCUGGUUCCGCACGCCCCUCCCCUCUGAACUGCCCGACAUAGGCACGACACAGGACAUCGGGUGGGCCAUGUGGAACCGCGUCGGCGCAGCGAAUUUGGCUGGCCUCAAGUACCUGCUUGUGACGCAGGUGAUGAAUGCGGGGAGUAGGGAGAUCUUUCGGCAUGCGCUGGGGUUGCUGGAGCCGCCGGAGAGUGAGUAUAAGGUGUGGCCAGGGCAUGAGUUUGUGAUGGAUGGGAAAGGGAAGGGGGGGAAGGGGGGGUUGGCUAUACUGGGUUCGCCGGUGGGACGAUGGGCGGGCUAUCUCCUUCUCCAGCACAAGGACCAGCUCGGUGGUAAUCGGUACAUCGAGAAGGUGAGGCUGUUCAAACCGCCAGGGGCCAGUCUGCCGUACCUUCUCUUCUACGUCGCGAAGGAUCCUUGGGUUGGCGAAGUCAAGCCGGUGACUGCGAAGAUGGUGAGCGGGAUGAACGUCACAAAUGCGUUGGAAAUGGACGAUGACGCCAAGAAUGUUGUGAGGAGAGAGCAUGAAAAGAAUCUCAACAGACAGCAUGUUGUCGUUGUCCGGACCUAG